UGAGCGGCUCGUUCUCCGGACCAGAACCACCGAGCGACGGAACUUCGACUACCUCCGGGAGGAUUUGUUCCCGAUCAUGGGCUGACAGGCAGCUGAAGCCGUCAAGUGGUGUUCCGUGGGCUUUAUCCCCGAGUGUUGACUGACAGGCGCGUUCAGCGACAGGCACACGAUAGAAAGCUCUUUUUUUCUUUUCUUUUUUUAAAAAACAGCCAAUAUUUUUGCAUUUUUACAGAAAGAAGAGAAGACAAGAUGGUGUUGAAAGAGGUAAAAGAAAAUGUAAUCAAAGACAGUCUGCUAACAUUCUAGAAGGAUCUUGGAAGAUCACAUUCAUCUUCUCGUUUACGUACGACCACAUCACACACAUCUUCAUUGUCAUCAUCAUGAUGCAGCCAGGAGGCGGAGGUACAAACAUGACAAGCUAAAGGCGGCGCUCCCAUCAGGACACCUGGAUGAGCUCCAGGCUUCCAGAAAAACUGGAGCGAUUUCCGAGUUGCGCCACGUCGUCACGGGAGCGUCUGUCCGUGGCGCCGUCUCCAAAGUCCAUCUGACAGCUUCGCCUCUUCAGUUGCUUCUCAAAGCUGCUCUCUUCGUGCCAGCUCCUGCGCGAGUCGCCGCCGUCUCGCGGACGCCCGCGCCGCCGCACCGCCUCCGGCCCAUGGCUGCAGCCGUACGCCGCUAAUCCACUGCCACCGCCGCUCAAGAUGGUCGAGGAGAUGUACCAGGUGCCCGCCCGGGAGGACAGGGACGGUGCCGUGACGGGCCCCAGGAGGAUGUCUGAGUGCCACCCUUUGAGGGCGCCGCCGGGGCCCGCUCUGGCCAGGUGCUGCUGGCUCUGCGACAGUCCAAACAGGAAGUUGGCGGCGGCCUCCCGCGAGGACAUGGCUCGCGGCGUCUCAUGCGCGUCGUCUUUGUCUGGGCUUUGCUCCGAGACCUCCUCCACGGGAGAGAAGUGACACGCUUUAGCAGUGGCGUCCCCCGGCCCACUGUGAGGAACAAAGCCUCUGUGGGCGGCACCCUCGCCCAGCUCACCAUGCGCCUUGAUGUCCAGAGAGAAGGAGCGCUUCAGGUGGGCGCCGUCAUCGCCGGCAAGCUGCAGACCGCCCAGGGCCUGAACUAACAGACGCUCCUCAGGGGGCAGCACGAGGGGCUCCAGCAGAGCCCCCCCGCUGACAUCACGAUCCAGAGGCAGGUUCUGAGGGACAGGCUGCGGUUGACCGGCGUGACGACUCUUGAUCUUCUUCUCAAAGUCCAGCAGCUGACCCAGAAAGUUGAAGUUCGGAGAGAUGGUCGGCCUCUUCUCCUUGACGAACCUGCAGGCGACACGAGGCGGGUCAGAACCGGGACGCUCGAGAGAGAGAGAGCAUCCCGUAGUGACCUGUACGCCUCAUCCAGAGACAUGUCCAUCCUCUUCAUGAUGUAGGCGAUGGCGAUGGUGGCCGAGCGGGAGAUUCCCGCCAGGCAGUGGACAAGAACGGAGGAGUUGGAGGCCUUGGCCUUCUCUGCAACACACACACACCACGUCACAUGACACAUCACAUGACACACGUAAUGGGUGGGCAGCUGACCUAUGAACUCCACAGAUCUGUCCAACCACGGCAGGAUCUUCUCACAGAAACUGUCGUUGACGGGGACUCGCAGGAAGUGCGACUCGGGAAUGAAGUCGGGUUUGGGACACGUGUUGCUGGCGUUGAGCACGUACGCGAUGGCGUUCUGCUGCAUGACGUCCUGUGACAUCAUCAUCAUCAUCAUCGCCUUGAAGGAUGGGUGUGUGUGUUUGUGUGUACCUGGUUGAGGACGUCGCGCUGGCAGCCCAGGUACAGGUGAGGCAGGAUGCGCGUGGGGCCCGUGUUGGCCACGGGCAGGCACGGUUGUGACAUGCACGACGGAACCUGCGCCGACUUGCCCUCACACAGGCCGGGAAACAGGCGGGAAAACGCUGAGAAACCACCUGACGCACAGGUAAAUAUACCACCAUGCUUUUAUUUUGAAACAGGAAGUUAUCGUCUCAAACUCAAGGUGUUGCCAGGCAACAAGCAGCAUUCAGUACGUCAAUAAGUACACUGUGCACUCCCGAGUGUGUACAUUGGGACAGUGCAGUGUGAUCCCAAAUCCAGUCCUGCCAUCGAACACUUACUGCGAGUACACUCAUAAGCCUGCACUAAAGAAGCACUUUGAUAGAAUGUAGAGUAGUCAGUGCACAGCUUGCAUAACGGCGGAAAUGUACUUUCCCCUCAAAAGAACUCAACACACAACCAUUCAUAUCUGUAUGUACCACCUUCUCUCCUGUUAAAUGCUCAGUUGCAACCACUCAAGAUAGCACCGCCCCUUCCAGCACAGAGGCUGCUAAGUGUCCAUCACUGCACACUCACCAUUUUCACUGCAACAUCCGGGGACUGACAGCGUACGGAACUUUGCCCUAUUUCUCAAAAGACUAAGUGUAAGUACGCAAUUAUGCACUCACACUAAUAUGUGUAAGUACGUAAGUGUGCACUUACGCACUCAAAACAAUAAGUAUGCAAGUGCACAAAUUCACUCAAAAGACUGCAACUUAUGCACUCAAAAGACUAAGUAAGUGUGCACUUAUGCACUCAAAAGACUUAAAUCUAAGUAUGCAACUUAUACACUCAAAACACUAAAGGGUAAGUACGCAGGUGUGCACUCCAAACAAGUGUAAGUACACAGGUGUGCACUCAAAAGAAUGUGUCAGUAUGCAAGUGUGCACUCACAAUAUGUAAGUAGUGUCAGUGUACACUUUGCAGUCAAAUGACAAAGUGUAAGUAUGCACUUAGACCAAGUAAGUAUGCAACUUGCGCAGUCAAAAGACUGAAGUGUAAGUAUGUGACUUAGUCACUCAAAAACUAAGUAUACAAGUGUGCACCUGUGCACUUAAAAGGCUAAGUGUAAGCACACAAGUGUGUACUGACGCACUCAAAAGUAUAACUAAGUAUGCAAGUGUACACUUAUGCACUCAAAAGACCAAAUGUAAGUAUGCAACUUAAACACUCAAAAGACCAUGUGUAAAUACACAAGUGUGCACUUAUGCACUCAAAAGACCAAGUGUAAGUACGCAACUUAACACUCAAAAGACCACAUGUAAAUAAACAAGUGUGCACUUAUGCACUCAAAAAAGCAAGUCUAAGUACGCAACUUAAGCCACUCAAAAGACCCGUGAGUACACAAGUGUGCACUCCAGAUAUAAAAGUGUGCCAGAUAUACGUGCACGUACCGCCCCCAGCAUGCGCUAGCUCACCUUCCAACAGGUGCACGGACGGGAAGUUGCGCUCCAGUUUGACCAGCAGCACGCUGACGAAACCAUCAGAACCCAGAGAGGACAGGUCCGAAGAACUCUGAUCGUACACGACCACCUCGUGGUGAGCCUGCAGCUCCAACUGAACACACACACACACACACACACACACACACACACACACACACACACAGGCACACACGUGUAUUAGAGCCAGCAGGAAGUAAGGUGAGUGUGUGUAGCAGGAAGUGCAGGAGGUUCUUACCUUGUUGCUGGCCGAGUGCUGGAGCAGUUCGGCAAUGUGGACUUUGUCCUGCAGGAGCCUCCUCUUCAUCAGUUUGGAACAGUUGACGUUGACCGCCUCCAGGAUGUGGGAGGUGUUGUAGUCCACAAACGGCCUGCUGUCAAUCAGAACCACACGGUCCAGACCACCCUCCAGCAGCGCCACCAGAGCCUCCGCCCUAAUGGGCCGCACGUUGCCGGGCCUCAGCAUGCCCGCCAGUCUCCCUGGUCCGAGUUCUGGUCGAAGGCCUCACGGGAAGACCGCUGUCAUGGUGGCCGACGCCGAUGUCGUCAUCCCGAUGGCAUCUGGACCUCAGACCCUCCUCUUCCUCCCCACCGUCCCCAGAACCGCCCGGUGCGUGUCGGAGGGGGGGAGGAGCUUUCACUCAGCAGGAGGCGUGACAAGAUUCAGGAGGUGAUGACAUCAUGCCGGUGCGGAAACAUUGUCGCUGUGGGGCUAAAAACAAAAAUAGAAGGCGGCCGCCAUCACGUCACCAACAACCCAACAACAUAAUACUCCAUCUUGUCCAUCUCAGGCUCCUCCCACUGCCAGGUAAGCCCCGCCCGCCAUUCCCCUCACCUGACAACAGGACUUUGAACUGCAGCACUGGUUCAAGUCGCUCAGAGGGGGCGGGGCUUUGCUGGUGGCCAAUCGGAGCGCAAGAUGACAACUUUGUUUCAGUUAAACGUUGUUCAAUUCGAAUAACUGCGACCAUGGACGCAAACAAGCUUGAGCAGACGGUAGUUUGCUGGCAGCGUAGCUAACCAGCGGGCCCAACAAGCUGUGACGUCGGCAGCACGUCCUACUAGUUGCGACUUUCUGUGUUCGGGUGACCACGACGUGACUUUCCGGAACCCCGAGCUCAACUUUCUCAACUCACCCUUCGAAAGUUCGACGUCAGACUUCAAAAGCGCGCCGACGAGUCGGGUUGUGCGACAAGUCGGAUUCUGUGUCCGCUGAGGACGUGACGGAGAGAAAGUGGAAGUCCAAGAGACAGUCUCUGCUGCAGAUGAGGUCACGGCCGUGAAAAAUAAAAGCCUUACGUCAUCCGGAGGAGCUUCAGCCUCUUAAAGGCGCAGGCACCCGUUUUAAAAUGACCGCGUUAGCAUCGCAACACACUUCCAUCGCUCACACGCAAACACACGAAGGAAGAAAAGGAUGCUAUAAAGGAAACGGAAAUAAAACAUCUGUAAGGAGGAAAAAUGUUUUUUUUGAAUUAGCAUGUAUAGUUAGCUUAGCGUGUUGUUAGCAUCUUCUCACAAAACCGUCUAGACCUUCACAAAUGUAGAUGAAAUAUUGUAAGACCUCAUUCUUUUGUGUCAAGGAAGUGACUUUAGUCGUAUUUUAUUCAUUAUCUAUGUUUAUGUUUAAGUCCACAUUUCCGGUUAAUAAAGUUUAGUCAAAAGGGGCGUGGUCAUCGACGUAGACCGGAAAAGACGAUGACGUAAACAUCUAAACAACAAAUGGUGUCGAGCAGCUGGCAUCUUUGUGCUUUCCUUGUUUUUUUGUUUUUAGACGUGUUUGUCACUUUUACUUUCAUUGAUUGUCGCUUUUGUUGUCUUUCUUCUCCUGGGCUGAGCUUGUUAGCCGUGCGAGGCUGACGUGAGCUAGCCGCUAGCUGACAGCAACAUGGACGAAAACAAGAUGGUGGCCGGCAAAGUGAAGAAACCUGGGAAACGUGGCCGCAAACCCGCCAAGAUCGACCUGAAGGCCAAGCUGGAGCGAAGUCGCCAGAGCGCCAGAGAAUGUCGGGCCCGGAAGAAGCUUCGGUACCAGUACCUGGAGGAACUGGUGUCCAGCAAGGAGAGAGCCAUAUGCGCCCUGCGGGAAGAACUGGACAUGUACAAGCAGUGGUGUUCGGCCAUGGAUCAGGGAAAGAUUCCAUCCGAGAUCAAAGCUCUGCUGACAGGUGACGACCAGAAAGCUCCACCAGGGGGCGCCAGCACCAAGACCAAGAAGAACAACAGCAACGUUCAAGGCUGAGAGACAAAAUGUCUGCGCUACUUGGAUGCUGCUAGCAUCUUCUGCUUUAGCGUGGCUUGUUUCCACGGCGACAAGCUCUCAAGAGCUUCUAAUGACUUUUCUUCCAAAGCUUUUUAUUUCUUUAUUCAUGUGGAGAAAGACGUGUUGGUGAGUCGAUGCUAACAAAUAAAAAUCAUGAUUUGA